GCCCCCUGGCGGCCCGGCGGGGCGCUGCGGGCGCGGCGCUGACCCGGAGGCGGCGGCGGCGGUGCCCGGAUGGAGGCACGUCAUUGUCCCCCGCCGGGCGGCUGGGCUGUGUGCGGCGGCAGCGGCGGCCGAGGGGGAUGGAGCGAGCGCCGAGCCGGGUCAGAGUUGAACAAUGACCAUAGUUGACAAAGCUUCUGAAUCUGCAGACCCAUCAACCUGUCAGAAUCAGCCUGGCAGUUCUGAGGCAGUCUCACCUGAAGACAUGGAUGCAAGUUCUGCCAGCUGGGGUGCUGUGUCUUCAUUAAAUGACGUUUCAAAUCACACACUUUCUUUAGGACCAGUACCUGGUGCUGUAGUUUAUUCGAAUUCAUCUGUACCUGAUAAGUCAAAGCAAUCACCACAAAAGGAUCAAGCCCUAGGUGAUGGCAUUGCUCCUCCACAGAAGGUUCUUUUCCCAUCUGAGAAGAUUUGCCUUAAGUGGCAACAAACUCAUAGAGUUGGAGCUGGGCUCCAGAAUUUGGGCAAUACCUGUUUUGCCAAUGCAGCAUUGCAGUGUUUAACUUACACGCCACCUCUCGCCAAUUAUAUGCUAUCACAUGAACACUCCAAGACAUGUCAUGCAGAAGGAUUUUGUAUGAUGUGCACAAUGCAAGCGCAUAUUACCCAGGCACUCAAUAAUCCUGGGGACGUUAUUAAACCAAUGUUUGUCAUCAAUGAGAUGCGGCGUAUAGCUAGACAUUUCCGUUUUGGAAACCAAGAAGAUGCCCAUGAAUUUCUUCAGUACACUGUUGAUGCUAUGCAAAAAGCCUGCUUGAAUGGCAGCAAUAAAUUGGACAGACACACCCAGGCCACCACAUUUGUUUGUCAGAUAUUUGGAGGAUACCUGCGAUCUAGAGUCAAAUGUUUAAAUUGCAAGGGCGUUUCGGAUACUUUUGAUCCAUAUCUCGAUAUAACCUUGGAGAUAAAGGCUGUUCAGAGUGUUAACAAGGCAUUGGAGCAAUUCGUGAAGCCAGAACAGCUUGAUGGAGAAAACGCAUACAAGUGCAGCAAGUGUAAAAAGAUGGUUACAGCUUCAAAGAGGUUCACUAUACAUAGAUCCUCUAAUGUUCUUACGCUUUCUCUGAAACGAUUUGCAAAUUUUACUGGUGGAAAAAUUGCUAAGGAUGUGAAGUACCCUGAGUAUCUUGAUAUUCGGCCAUACAUGUCUCAACCAAAUGGAGAGCCGAUUAUCUAUGUCUUGUACGCAGUGCUGGUACACACUGGCUUCAAUUGCCAUGCUGGCCAUUACUUCUGCUACAUCAAAGCUAGCAACGGCCUAUGGUACCAAAUGAAUGACUCCAUCGUAUCUACCAGUGACAUUAGAUCGGUACUUAGUCAACAAGCCUAUGUGCUCUUUUAUAUCAGGUCCCACGAUGUGAAAAACGGAGGCGAACUUGCUCAUUCCACCCACAGCCCCGGCCAGUCCUCUCCCCGGCCGGUGAUCAGUCAGCGGGUCGUCAACAACAAGCAGGCCGCAGCGGGGUUCAUCGGACCACAGCUGCCCUCUCACAUGAUGAAGAAUCCACCUCACUUGAAUGGGACUGGACCACUGAAAGACACACCAAGCAGUUCCAUUUCAAGCUCUAAUGGGAAUUCCAAUGUCAACAUGGCUAGUCCUGUUAAUGCUUCAACUUCUGUUCAAAACUGGGCAGUUAACAGGUCUUCUGUUAUUCCAGAACAUCCCAAGAAACAGAAGAUCACUAUCAGUAUUCACAACAAGUUGCCUGGUCGCCAAGGCCCAUCUCAGCCUAACAACCUUCAUAGCAAUUCUGUGGAGAGCCCUAGCAAGCCUGUUCCCUCUUCUACCAUUACCAAUUCUUCUGCAAUACAGUCUACCUCGACUACAUCUACGAUGUCAGUUUCUAGCAAAGUAACAAAACUUUCUGCCCCGAGCGAAGCCUGUUCCAAGCCUGUGAUGAAUGGCAAGUCCAAGCUGAACUCCAGCGUGUUGGUUCCCUAUGGCGCUGAGUCAUCUGAAGAGUCUGACGAGGAGCCCAAGGGACUGGGCAAGGAGAAUGGUGUCGGCGCCAUCUCGAGCUCCCUCUCUCCUAGCCAAGGUGCUGAAGAUGACGAGGUCUCACAGCAUGAGCUCCAAGAACCUAUUACUCUAAAUGGUGCUAACAGUGUAGACAGCGACCCGAAAGAAAAUGGUCUGCCAUUUGAUGGUGCCAAUUGCCAAGUCCAGACUGCUCUACACUCAGAAAAUCCCUUUUCUAAGGCAAAUGGUCUUCCUGGAAAGUCGAUGCCUGCUCUGUUGCCGUCUCUCCCAGAAGACAACAUCUUAGAGACCUUCAAACUCAGCAACGCGGUGAAAGACUCAAUGGAUGAAACCAGUACACCUGAAGCUGAGAAAAACCCUCCCGAGGAGGACGACAUGGAAGUCGAGGCCAGCAGCCCCGCUGAUGAUUCCCACGAGAACCUGGAGAUGCUCGAGAGUCUCAGCAGCAAGUUAAAGAAGGCUUUGUCACCUCUUGACCCCAGCGUCAAAUCUACCAAAGAAGAAGUCUCUGGAAACAGUUCAGCAAAACCUGAUGAAUCUUUGUCCGAUAUCAGCGUUCUUUGUAACACCAACCAGAAUACCCUAGGCGAUGAUCAGCUUUCUAAACUGUGUGACCCUGGGGACGUAACAGAUGAUCAGGGCAAACCAUCCCAAGAUGUAAAAGGGACAUUAGUCGAGAGUCCACAGGACGCGGUGUCAGCGGAAACCGUGAAGUUGAGCCCAGCUCCCUCAGCGCAUUCAGAAGAUGGACGCGAGUGUCAGGUCCUGGCUUCCCUCGGGGGAGACAGAGGCAAGGACGAGGAGGACCUUCCCAGCAGCGCGGGCGUGUGUGCCGAAGGGCUGCCCUCUCCUCAGCCAGACAAGGCCACAGGAGAUCCUUCAGAAGGGAACACUGAGCAGGGCCACGCGGAGAGAUGUGAUGAAAGUAAGGUGGGACAAAAGGUCCGGGAUCGUUCUCCAGUUAAGGAAAAGAUCAGUAGCCUAAGAAAAGUUGAUCGAGGACAUUAUCGUAAUCGAAGGGCUCGUUCUUCCAGUGGAGAACACGCAAAGGAAAGUAGGAGCAAAACCGAGGACCGUUAUUACAGAAAGCGCCACUCCUAUGUCCGAGAGCGGUCCAGGCAGGACCGCUACACCACAGAGCACUGCAAUGGGAGCCAGCACCACCUGAACCACAGUGACAGAGUCAGCCCCGGCGAACGCCACUCUCUGGUCAGGUACAGCUACCACCACUCUCGAAAUAGAAGCGGAUGCGACCAGGACUGGAGCAGGUACCACCAUGCAGAAGGUGAACACAUCUGGGGCCGGGAGAAAUACUACCCAGAUAAAAUGAGGUGGGACAAGUGCAGGUACUACCACGACAGGUACGCUCCUUACACAGCCAGGGAGGCUCGGGAGUGGAAGCCCUUCCCUGGAGGCCGCGAGCCCGACAGAGCAGGGCAGCGCCACGGCCGGCUGCACAAGGACUACUACAGGGGCCGCAAGGACUACGAGGUGGCUGCCAAGGACAAGGUACGGCACCACCUCAGCAGUCCCCGAGCAGGCCCACCCCACGCCCUUCCCCUCUACCCCGAGAAGUUCUCGCAUGACAAAAUUGCACUCGGAGCCGAAGACAACAAUUGUAACCUCUCUGAUCGGUUUCACGAACAUGAAAAUGUAAAGUCACGGAAAAAGAGAUACGAUAAUGUAGACAAUAAUGACAGUCACGUAGAAAAGAAAGCCCAGAGGAGCUUACAAAAGGAUCCCUUAGAAGAAGCUAAAGUGAAGAAGCACAAAAAAUCAAAGAAGAAAAAGAAAUCCAAAGACAAACACCGGGAUCGCAAUUCCAGGCAUCAGCAGGAGUCAGACCUUUCAGUAGUUUGCUCUGAUGCCGACCUCCACAGACACAAAAAGAAAAAAAAGAAAAAGAAGAGACAUUCAAGAAAAUCAGAGGACUUUUUUAAAGAUUCAGAACUACACUUACCUAAGUCCGCCGACUAUGAGACUAUUGACCGUUUCCGGAGAUCCGAGGGCGGUUUUCUACUCACCGAUGGCCUGCUUCCGGAAGGGGUCGGACCUUUCCGUGAGAAAACAAAGCAUUUAAGGAUGGAAAACAGGGACAACAGGGGUCAUCUGUUUGAGUAUGGCCAGGGUAAGAGGAGAUACUUGGAAAUAAGAAGAUAGAAACUAGUUUUUAAUUGUUUUUUUUAAAAAAAAGUGAUUAACACCAGAGGGAAAGAAAACCUCCGAUGGCAUCAAAGGGUAUACAGUCAAAAAGAGUCCCCGUCCUGCCCCUUCCAUCUCUGGCAAGAAGUGACAUUCAGUUGUGGGGCUGGCUGUUGAGCAGCGGUCCCUCGGCACCUGCUGAAGGCCUGAGUUCCACGGAGUCCCUGGGUAUCUUUGAGUAGUUGCCUCAGGAAGGACCAGAACUUUUGGUUUUAAAGCAUUUUCAAUAGAAAUAUUUCUGUAGUAUAUGCUUUAUUCUCCUGAAUCCUUAAGCCUGUAGCAUUCUGAGUAUAACCUAACUCCUAAUCUGGGCCGUUAGCGAUGGUAGCUGUCUGGCCGCCAGAGCGAUGCCUUCGAGGCAUCUGCACCCCGGGUCUCUGGCUACCACCAGGCUGCUGGGUGUCUGGGAUUCUCGUGUCUGUUUUGCAGGACUGUGUCUUCCCCCAUAAUUCAUUAGCCCUUUGUGCUCUCUGCACUUAAGGCUGCCUGCUCCUUCUAAUUGUUUCCAUGACCUUUGACCCCAGAAAACACUGAGCUUAUUACAAUGGAUGUAAUGAGUCAGUGGACCUAGAGCAGAGGCCUCGGGCUGGCUUUGUCCUGUCAUCUGUCUGUGUGACCUGUGAGUUAAGAAUGGCUUUAACAUUUUUAAGUGGGUGGAAAAAAUCUCAAGAAUAUUAUUUUGUUUCACUUGAAAAUGAUAGGAAAUGCAAGUUUCACUGUCUGUGAAAGCCUUGUGUCAGAGCACAGCCGGGCGCGUUUACAUUGUCUGACCGCUUUGGUGUUGCUACUCAGCAGAGGUGAGCAGUUGAAACAGAGACUUGCGGUCCAAAAAGCUGAAAAUGUUUAUCAUUUGGCCCUUCACAGAAGAUGUUUGUCGACUCUUGACCUGAUACCUGAGGUUCACGUUUAUGAAUAAAGUGCGUUGUCCAUCACGGCAGGGACUCUGACACGUCAUCUUGGUUGCCCCGAGGCCUGUGUUGUGGACUCAGCUGAGCUGUGUGUUCUAGGGGGAGGCGCGGGAAGGGGAGCAGGCCUGUCCCCUCCAGAGGCCCACACUCAGCGUGUGAUGUUGAUGGAGGGGUGAAUGGUCCCCAGAGUGUCAGUGUGAAGGAACCAGGGAGCGUGAGGGUGGAGCAUUCCACGGGCAGAACAGUUGCACCAGGAAGUGUUGGGGGAAAUCUGGCUGAUGUGGCCAGUGAAUCACCACGGCCAGCAAGAAAGGGAAGCUGAAGUGGCAUUUGUUCUGUUUUUUAAGAAGUUAUUAUAUACGUUUUAAAAUUGGUUUCACAUUAACAUUUCAGAGAUUUGGGGGAGUGGAUUGUUGAGGAUGGAUUCCUUUCUGACCUCUGCUUGGUGCCUGAGGAUGAAGUAGUGAGAUGGGGUCGUUCUGUGUAUUGUGUGGGGUCCCAGGAUUGUUUCAGAAUCUCCCGAGCCAGCCGCAGGUCCCUGUCGUACUGGCACAGUGGACGGCAGCUCAGCCCCCAGAGAUGCUGAGUCUAGAGAAGAGGGAGGUUGAACGUGAACCUCAGUAUUUGUCUCGCAUCGGGUAGAUGAGUGUCUUGGGGGUGCUACUGUCAGGCUUUGUGUCUGAGUGGUGGCCCUGUGUUUCUGUCCCCAAUCUGUCAUGGUUGCACUGAUGACUGGUUUAGGGUUGGCACUUGGGCUGUGAACACUGUCCCAUCCUGAGAAGGGCCGCCUGCUUGGCCUUGCCACGCUGAGCAUCCCUCUGAGCCAGCUGAGGACAAUGUCCUCCAGCCUGCCACUGUCCUAGGUUUCGGCCGUUUACCUUUCUCUUUCAAACUCCUGUUGUCUGGCUGUGUUCCACUCUCAGUUAAUUUCUUUGGCCUAAGUUUUGUUCUUUUCGUAAUGUUAAAACGUGUGACAGGCUGAGGAUGGCCUAGUUCCCGGGGCGUGGCUUUCGCUACAUCCUUCUACCAGGACCAUGGCCCUCAGUGAUCAUGUGAACUCUUGUGUUCUGUGCAACACUUGGAGAAGUGCCGUGUGCCAGUGCGUGUGCCAGUAUAUACCUGCCCAUCCUUGCGUGGGAUUGAACUCGGGCCACUAACAUUAAAGUAGAGAGAACUGAUUCUCACUGGAGUCACUUAAUGUGCACACAGAGUACAGGCACUAAACUUAUGCAAAGCCAUCAUUAAAAUCUGUUUCCUAAUCU